AGCAGCAUAGCAUGAAUCGUCGUCCUCCAUCCAGUAGCAGUCACAGUCAUUAGCAGGCAAAAAUUGCGGUAAUCGUCGUCGCCGUCGGUCGUCGUCUUUUUCGGGUUUCUUUUCCUACUUGUAAUGGGAAUGAAUUCGGUGAUUACGGUGGAAGAAAACAACGUGUAGUGCGUGUUGAUCGUGAAUAUUCUGCAGAAAGUGAGUUUAUCCCACUGGAAAACGUGUUUUCAAUCAAGUUUUCGUAGAGAAAAAAAUGUGCUGCAGCUGAAACGCUUCUCCUCACCGAGGCAGACAAGAAUCAUUCAAGGAAGAGUAAGAAGCAGCAACACCGCAAGAAGUGUGGUUGAAGCAGCAGCAGUAGUAGCAGUAGUAGUCACAAAACGAAUAAUAAAAACAGCAAAAAUAAAAUAUAAUCUUCGAUCGUUAACCGUUUGCAAGGAAAAGUGAGUACUAAGUGGUGUUUGAUCGCACAAAAAAUCGCGAAACGUUAGCCUCGUCGGGCUGGUAUUGGUGAGAUUGCGAGAGUGUUUUUCAAUAGUUUGCUCCCGUCGGAGAGCGGAACAGUGUGCGUGCGUCAGUGGCGAUAAGCAUACGGCAUCGAAUAAAACAUCAACAAAGAAAAAAAUUGCCAAGAAAGCAGCUGAAGCAGUAAGUUUGCUUAGCGGAAGUGAAGGAAGCUGUAAAAGAUUAUAGAGCAAAAACAAAUCGUGAAAAAGGAACGCUGAGGAUUCGAAAAAAUUUUCUACUUUCUGUGCCCUCGUAACGAAGGAGUAUUUGGUUCAGCAGCAGAUCAUUCGCCAAUCGACCACCGGUGCAUCCUCGUAGGAAGGCAUUGUUGUUGUUGUUUUUGUAUGAAGGAACGCUCUGGUAGUGGUUGCGACACGAUUUGACAUGGCCGGUAAUGGCGAUACAUCCUGGUGCUUUUCACAGAUAAAGGGUGCCCUGGAUGACGAUGUGACCGACGCGGAUAUAAUCUCGUGUGUGGAGUUUAACCACGAUGGCGAACUGCUAGCCACCGGCGACAAGGGUGGCCGCGUUGUUAUAUUUCAGAGAGAUCCUGCCUCCAAAUCAUCAACACCGCGGCGCGGCGAGUACAAUGUUUAUUCCACCUUCCAGUCUCACGAGCCUGAGUUUGAUUAUCUCAAAUCGUUGGAAAUCGAGGAAAAAAUCAACAAGAUUCGAUGGUUGAGGCGCAAAAAUCAGUCGCACUUCCUGCUGUCGACCAACGACAAAACGAUAAAGCUAUGGAAGGUAUCGGAGCGGGACAAACGGGUAGAGGGGUACAACACGCGAGAGGACAACGGUUGCAUACGUGAUCCGGCGACGAUCAACUCGCUGCGGGUGCCAUCAAUAAAACCAAUGGAUCUGAUGGUGGAAGCAUCACCCCGUCGGAUCUUCGCCAAUGCUCACACCUACCACAUUAACUCGAUAUCGGUAAACUCGGACCAGGAGACAUACCUGUCGGCGGACGAUCUGCGGUUGAAUCUGUGGCACCUGGAGAUCACCGACCAGAGCUUCAAUAUCGUCGAUAUCAAGCCGGCCAACAUGGAGGAACUGACGGAGGUCAUCACGGCGGCCGAGUUCCAUCCGACCGAGUGCAAUGUAUUCGUGUACUCGAGCAGCAAGGGUACAAUUCGGUUAUGUGAUAUGCGCUCGUCGGCUCUGUGCGAUCGGCACGCGAAACUGUUCGAGGAACCGGAGGACGUCGACAUCACCAACAAGAGCUUCUUCCGCGAAAUUAUCAGCUCGAUCAGUGACGUCAAGCUCAGCAACACCGGCCGGUACAUGAUAUCGCGAGACUAUCUGAGUAUUAAGGUGUGGGAUCUGCACAUGGAGACGAAGCCCAUCGAGACGUAUCCGGUGCACGAGUACCUCCGUACCAAGUUGUGCUCGCUGUACGAAAACGACUGCAUCUUCGACAAGUUCGAGUGCUGCUGGAACGGCAACGACAGCUCGAUCAUGACCGGCAGCUACAACAACUUCUUCCGGGUGUUCGACCGCAACAGCAAGAAGGACGUCACGCUGGAGGCCUCGCGGGACAUCAUCAAACCGAAGACGGUGCUCAAGCCGCGCAAGGUGUGCACCGGUGGCAAGCGGAAAAAGGACGAAAUCAGCGUCGACUGCUUGGACUUUAACAAGAAGAUUCUGCACACCGCCUGGCACCCGCUGGAGAACAUCAUCGCCGUCGCCGCUACCAAUAAUCUAUUUAUAUUUCAGGAUAAGUUUUAGCUAAUAGUAAGCGUAGUAGUAAAAAUCAAUUAUAAUUGUUUAGGUUGAAAACACGAUAGGGAAAGAGAAAAAGAGAAGCGGGAAAGUGCGAGUGUUGGGAAGGGGAAAAAACAGGAUUGAAUUGAUGAGCAAAAACGUAAUUUAUAGGUACUAGAAGCCAAUGGUACAUUUCGACUCAGAAAUGAAACAGCAAAACGAGGAUAAGUAAAGAAAUAAUUAUGAAAUUAAAAACAACAACAAAACAAUGUGAAAGCUUUUAUAAUAUACCAUACGUAGAAGAGAUACACACAGGAAUACAAAAUAAAAAAUAAACAACAAACACAGCAGAAUAAAGAGAAAGGAAAACAUGAAGCAAAAAUUAUUCUUACUAUUAUCCUUAAUAAAAAAAACUAACGAAGUAAUAAUAAAAGCAGAAAAGCAAACAACAAACUCGCAUCGUGUGUUUGUUAGGGAAUUCGAUGGCUAAAACAAAGCUGCCUGAUGAAAGUAUGUGCUGGAAUGCAUGCGUGCGAAUUGUGCGUGUCAGUUGUUGUUUGAAACACAAGACAACAGAAGAAAACGAUAUAAAGAAAGCAGCAGCAGCCGCAAGCGAAUGCGAUUAUUAUCGAUUAUUAAUUAAUAGUUUAGUCUUAAAUUUGACCAUCAGUAGCGUAUCAUCAUCAUCAUUCUCACUCUUAUCAUUAUAAUCAUCGUAAAAGAAGCAGCAGCAGCGAUGCAAGCUAACUAAAGCACGCAGCAUCAUUAUAGUUUUUAUUGAUUAUUUCUUAGACAGUGAGAAACAAAGAAAGACGACGAAAAAGGAAAGAGUAAAAAUAAUAGGAACAAAGAUUACAACAAAAAAAAAGCUAAAAGAAAAAAAACUAGGCUAGGGCUAAACAAGCUACCACAAAACAGAAAAUUAAAAAAUAACAAUCGCGUGAAAGAUGCCAAGUGACACACCCGCAGGUUAAGCGAUUGCAGUCUGUCUUGCUCAAUCAAAAUGUGCGAAAUGAGCGAAAUGUAUUUUUUUUUGUGUUUUGACCCGGGUCGGUGGUACCCCAGAGACUGCACGGUAAAGUGUCGCAUGUCGUGUAUUUUGUGAAAAAUUGAAACAAAUCGAAUGAACAAAAUAAGCAGAGAAAAAAAACGCAUCAAGAUUGGAACAAUUUAAACAAUUGGCAUAGGAGACACGCUCUAUCUCUUUCUCUUCCUCCUGUCGCUACCCAAAUGCGGAGGAGAUUUGGCGAAUAUAAAGUUUUAUGUUGCGAAUUAUUGCGAGUAAACAAACAAACAAACAAAAAACAGCUAAUUAUUAUAUUAUAUAUAUAACACUUGGAAAUAAGAAGGAAGAGAGUUAGUUUGGCUUGCGAUGUGAGUGAAGGGAGAAGGUGCUUUUCUCAUCGUCUGUGCAUCCAACCGAACGCUUUUGUUGGAAUCAAAAAAAAAAGAAAAGAA